AUGGCGGCCAGAUUUGAGUUCUUAUUAAUAGUUUCGGAGAGUUUCGGAGUAUAGUUGUCGAGAUUACCGCUAUAUUUGGACACGAUGCCUGUCACAACAAAAAGAGAAAUAUCUACUAAUACCCUAGAAUGGAUUGGUAAUGGCACUAUAGACGAUGGAAAAGUAUUUUACAGGUAAUGUCAGAUAUGUUUUCGAUCGCUCGCAGAAAGAUCAAAAUUCUUACUGUUUCGUAUAAACGUACGACAGUUUAGAGUCAAAUCUAACCUUGUAACUUCUUAAAUCUUCCUCUCUAUUUCUCUCUGUUCGUCAGCCAAUGCAAAGUUAACGGAAUCCUGAUCAAGUGUGGAGAUGAUGUGGUUAUACUCGGACGCACGGGGCGGCGUUCCAUUGCACAUGUACAGAAGUUAUAUGAAAUUGAGGAAUCUAAAGAUCCCAACAGAGCUAUAGUACAGUGGUAUUACACUUAUGGUGAAAUCUCAGAACUCAAAGGGAAGAAACCUGCUGAUAUCCCAAAAUCUUGGACAGAAUUAUUGCUACCAAGUGAGGAUUGUUGUAGUUCUAAAGAUGAUCGUAUUAAAGCUGAAGAUAUGUGGAGAAAGUGCAAUGUUGUAAAGUUAAAACCGCAAGAUGAAGUUCCAGAUUAUUUACAAAGUUCUUAUCGAGACGGUCUUUAUUAUAUUCGCUUUAAAUUUGACCAGAAUUACAACCUUCAUCCUGUUAAUAAAAGGCUUUCUAGGAAGUCUACAUCAAACACAGAACAGACCAUAGAAAGAGGGAUAAAUAAUGUCAGAACUUCAAAGCAAACCCCAAGGAAACCAAAUAACACUGCAAAAACACCAAAAGCAAAAAAGACGCCAGCUAAAGAAAAGGGUAAGUAAGGAGCUGAUAUGUAACAAUUUUGUUAUGAGGUUGAGUAUGGGGAAAUGUCAUUUAGAUUAGGUUAAACCCUAGAUAAUGGUGGCCAGCUUUCUAAGGCAUUCUUUCAGUACAUAAUUAGGUCUGUACUGCUCUGUUUGAUGCCAAGCUGUUUUUGAUUUUGUUGCCUCUGUCACUCACUUGGCUUCAGCCUUUGUGCCCCUAUCCCUCCCCUCCCACUAAGAUCUUCAGUCAACAGAGCCUAGUGGUGGCCUUUCACAGUGUUGUCUUGGUUACCUUUCCCACCUCCUUAUGGCUCCAAUAGACUCUCCAGGCACCUUCCCCUCACUCAUCAAUUAAUUACAAGUUUAAGCAUCGUAGUGCAAAUUUUCAUGGCCAGGAUUUGUAUAAAUUUAUUUUUUCUUCCAAAGCGCAAGGCAGCCAACCACUAAUCAGAGUCAAAUAUCCUAUUAUUUUAGGGAGCUUAGGGAGAUUCCAAGGGAAUGGAAUGGGCUAGCCAAAAGUAACAAGAACACUAGAGAAAUUAACAGUUUUAAACAGAUACUUUACAAUAAUGUGUUUCAUAUGAAAUAAUUUGGAAUAUAUUUUGAAUUUCACUAAAUUACUGUAAAUAAGUUAGUUUUCUUAAUUACCAGUGCUAUGUAAUAGUUAACAUUGUAACUGAAAAGCCCUGUUGAAGGGAGUCUUGAUAAAGUAUGUAUGUAUGUAUGUAUGUAUGUAUUCCCAUCUUUGAAUAUGGCUGUAUCCCUCACCACUUAUUGUGUUUCAACAUUCAUUGUAGUUGCAGAUAAUUCCACUUCAAAGACAAACAAGAAGACUCCCAGGAGUACAAAGAAAUUAACAAUUGAAAAAAAGUGCAUGGUGUCUAUUGAGCCAUUGAUCUUUGAUAGAGACACUGGAACUUCUUUAAAAAGAAGAGCAAGCCGCAGUGUUCCAGAUGAAUCUGCAGUGACACCUAAAAGAACAAAGGGUUCCAAUAGUACAAGAAAAACAAAAGAACAAGUUAUGUCUCCAAGGCAGAGAUAUGGUAUGUUUUUUUAUAUAUUGCUAUUGAGGAUAGUUCAUGGUUGGUAGGUCUGUGACUUUCUGUGCUGCUGAAACCUGGGCUUAAAAAUCUUAGACCUUGUUGCAAAAAUUUUCAGACGCUAAGAUACACAGGAGGAUAUGAAUGAGCACUGUUUGAAUUGGAGAGAUUUCAAGGCCCCUAACCUUAUUUUAGUCACUGCUUUAUUUACCACUUCAACUUAUUAUUUGGUUAAUUUGGUGUUUCAAAAAAAAUAAUUGAAUAUAGACUCAGGUUGGGAGGAAUAUUUGUCAAGAUAGAGGGAUGAAUUAUAUGGAUGGGAGGGGUGGCUGAGAGAUAGGGUAUUUGCAAAGAUGUAAUCAGAUCCAUGGCCUCCAACUCCUAAUGUCUGUUUGACUCUAUGUGUAAUAUCUUUGAUUAUAAAAGCUUAGAGUGUAUAUCUCUUUAUAGGUACAGCAGAAGUCUUAGAGCAAGUGCUUGAGAGUGAGUCAAGAUGUAGUGAUGACCAGGACGAUGAUGAUGAUGAUGAUAAUGAUGACAACAUCAGUGAUGAUGAUGAUGAUGAUGAUGAUGAUUUCAUCCAAGUGAUGUUAGUGAUUUAUCAGAUGGCAAUGAUGGUGACGAUGAUGACGAUGAAGAUAAUGAUUGGGUUGUGGAAAAGAUUGGUAAAGCAAGAAGUAAGAUUUUUAUUUCCUAAGUUUUCAGUCACCUUUUCUCAGCACAUUUACUACAAACAUUGCAGGAAAAAAAGUUAAGUAGAAUUUAUGAUGGAUCUCAUGUUAUUUUCCACAUUUUCUAUUUUUUAAACAGCUCAAGGAAAAUGCACACCAAUAAGAAUACUAAGAUCAUCGUCCAAGAGCAAGAGUUCAUACACAGCAAUACAGGACACAGCCAAGGGUGAUACUAAUUAUGUAGAUAUAAAAACAAUAUCUGUACCAUUGUUAUUGUAAUAAUUGGAGAUUUCAUGCCUACAAUGUGCAUUGUAUGGGAAACUCAGGAGUCAACUAAGAAAUGAUCUUUGCAGGUGAACUUCAAGUUUAGCAAUAGUAGAAAAGACAUUUUUCAAAUUUGUGCCUACCAGAUACUUGUUGAUCACCACUGCUAAGCAAAUUAGCAAGCCACUUGUUAGGAGAGAGGCACAUUUUACUGGGAGCAUAGAACUACUCUGGUUAAAGGGGCAAGGUAUCAUUACCUUAGCAUAUCUAAAGGGAACCCGACUUCAUAAUUCUUUCAACAACAAGAAUGUAAAUUGCAACUCAAUCGGUUACUUUCAUCUUCCUUUUUUUUUUCUUGUGUCAUUGCGACUGAAGGCAAAAAAGGAAGGGGAUGUUAGUUUAUCAAGAGUAAUUUUGGGUGGCCUCUAUCAAAACUUUUGAUAGACUUUGAUAGGACUUUGAAUACACCUGCAAGCUUGUAAGGGCUUUAUUCAACUUUUUUGAAUGUCUACUCAAAGCUAUUUUUAAUUACUCAUAGGUAAACCUACUGCUAAAACUCCAUCCAGAGUAAAACCACCUCUCAAAACACCUCAAAAACACUCUGCACAGAAACUUGCAAAAACUCCAAAGACUGAGCCAAAGACACCAAAGACACCAGCCAGAAACAGCUGUAGGCAGCCAUCUCAGAAGAAAAUGAUGACCCCAAGCAUUCCUGAGAGGCAGCAGCCUUGUAAAACACCAGGAACACCUCUUGAAAUGGCUAGAAAAAAGUAUGUAUUUGUUUCAUAGUUCAAGAUGAUUUAGUUUUACCAACUGACUUGAUGGAGCAAUUUUCAAUUGACUGUUAAAAACUAAAAACAAAGGUAACACAACAGCCAAUCACAUCAAAGGUUUGCGUCAUCACUUGCCAAUGAGAACCCACAGUAAAAACAGGCAAAGUACAAAAACCGAGGGAAAACGCGGGCGACCAAGUGACGAUUAGUUUUUUUUGGCGUCUUUUUGGUUGAGAGCAUGGCGCGAGCUUUUUGGACCAAUCACAAACCAAGGUAAGGCAAAAAGCUAUCCCAAAUUACUUCCGGUAGUUAAUUGGAAAUUACACUAAUGUGCAUUGGCCACCACAGAGGUCCAUAGAGAGAAUCGACAAUCUCUUUACAUUGGGAAAAACCCUCGAUUUUAAUCUCAUGACGGUGGAAGAUUCACAUUAAUUCCGUCUAGUGUAAUAUCCUCACUGAUGCAGUACCACAGUUUCUUUAGAAGUUCACUCCUUGUUUCAUAGUCCAGUAAGUUUGCUGUAGUAUCUUCCGAGAAACUUCUGUUUUCGUAAGAAGUAUAAAAAUUUACUGUCCAAGCGAUGCGGAGUUGCGUAGGAUUAGCUUUACUUCUCUCUGUGAUUGGUCUAAAAAAACUCGUGCCAUCUUUCCAACCAAUUAGAUGCAAAUCUUAAACCAACAGCGAUUCUGUUACUCGCGUUUUCCCGUGCUUCGUACUGGUUACCCGUUUUCACUUUUAGUUUUCAAUGGCUCGUGAUAUUUUCCGUUAUUCCGAUUGGCUGUUGUGAUCAAUCACUCAAUUUAUAGGUGUCAUGACUUGGAAUGAGUUUGCCCUCACAUCUGAGCCAGAGGCUCGUGUAUAAACGCAUGAUUACAGUGGUUCAUGUUUUAUGACACUAUCAAAAAUUCUCUUUGUUGGUUUCCAUGUCAUCUGUUUUGUUUGUAAUUUCAGACUGCAUGUGUCGGCAGUUCCUUCGUCUCUUCCCUGCCGUGAGAAGGAGUUUACAGAUAUCUUUAACUUUGUGGAGGGGAAACUUGAGGACGGAACGGGGGGGUAGGUCAUGGCUAGUUUACGUUGUUUUGUUACGCGUGGAUAAACUGCGCUUGGAAUUAUGAAAAACAUUAAUUCACAAUUACGAAGUGAAGAAGAACUCAAAGGUGACGAAAGCUGUUGGGAUGAGCAAAGCUGAUAGGAUUACAACAAAUCGCGUAUAGGUAUUGCCAGCUUAAAAAUAGUUUAUCGCAAUUGUUAUGAGGACAUAAAAGCUGGUCGACUCCUCAACUGAUCAGGUCUCAGAGCAGUUUUCAAUUGAUUGUCGAAAAACCAAACCAAAGUAAUCCUAGGGACCAAUCAGAACAAGGGAUUACAUAAUCAUUAGCAGAUGAGAACUCGAGGUGAAAACGAGCAGCCGGCCUGAAGCGCGGGAAAACGCGAGUGACAAAGUCGCGAUUGUCUUUAGUUUUGCAUCUGAUUGGUUGAAGGAUGGCGCGAGUUUUUUUACUCGUCACAGAGCAAAGUUAUGUAAAACCAAAGGGGUUCCGUAUUACUUUCGACAUUCAAUUGAAAAUUGCUCUGAUCCCGUUUGACUGUAGGUUUUUUUUAUUGCUGUCUUCUUUUGUUUGUGAAUGCAGGUGCAUGUACAUCUCUGGAGUUCCGGGGACUGGAAAAACAGCCACUGUACAUGAAGUAUUACGCAGCAUACAAGAGGACGAGGACCUGCCGGAAUUCACGUUCGUGGAAAUAAAUGGAAUGAAGCUAACAGAACCAGCACAGGCUUACUCCACCUUCCUUAAAGUUAGUAACUGUAGUAGUCAUUAGUAAAAGAAAUACAAUCUGUUAUCAAAAGUGAUUUAGCAUAUGAUUACUUUUGCUUCACAAUGCUGUGUGGUUGGCUAAGAAAAUUCACGCCAUUCUACUCACCAAUCAGAUGCCGACCUAGAAUCAAUCUUGAUUUUGUAACUCCCGUUCUUUCCGUGUUUGAGAUCAGUCGCUCGUAGCGCGCGAGCAGAAGGACUCGUUAUUAGUGUUUCGGCCCGAGCGUUUCUUCGGUCGUGCGAGGGUAUGAAGCCUUGAGCGAUGCGACCCGAGGUCAGCAAGGGGUCUGGCACACAGUAUUAGUGCCAGAUCCCCCGGAAACCUCUCCUCGACUCGUCUCAAUUCUUCCCGCCGGCGGAGAAAUGCUUGUCGUGCAGCACUGAAAAUGAGGGCCUCCUCCCGCAGGCUAGGUCGCUCGGUUGUACUUCGAGAUCCAUUCAGCUCUUUUUGAUAUUAUCCUCUGCUCUUAUUUAGCAUCGCUCAAGUGAAAAUACCGCAUGAUUCUUUCCUAGGAUUGUAGUAUUUUUGUCGUUACAUAUAAAAGUUCUAAGCUUACAAGUCUCUUCUUCAACUAUUUGUAGCUUCUAACAGGAAAAAAGGCAACACCGGAGCACGCCUCUAAUCUGUUGGAUAAACUUUUCAGUACACCAGCACCUAACAGGGACCCUGUCGUCUUAUUGGUGGAUGAGGUACCAAUCAAAAGAAUUACUUUACUAGACCUGUUGUCAUUCCUCUUUAGUUUUCAGGGCGACGCAGGCAUCUUUUACCGCGAAGACCUAGGACUGAAUGAUUUAUUCAAUGUCUCCUUCCGUUUUCAGUUAGACCUUUUAUGGACGCGUAAACAAAACGUGCUGUACAACCUGUUUGAAUGGCCGACACGGAGACAUUCCCGGCUGAUCGUGCUCGCCAUUGCUAAUACCAUGGAUCUGCCGGAACGAAUUAUGAUGAAACGAGUUUCCAGUCGAUUGGUGAGUAGUUUUACGGUCUCUUAGUUUGUUUGAGUGGCAGUGAUUCUUUAAUUGAGCGUGUUAAAACAAAUCCAGAGUAGUCAUAACAGCCACUAAGAGCUUCUUGGAUUUUGUUUUGUUUUAGGGACUGACACGGCUGACUUUUCAGCCCUACACGUUUUCACAGCUACAGGAGAUUGUGAUGUCUCGUAUCGUUGGUUUAAACGCUUUUGAGCCGGAUGCCAUACAGCUGGUCUCAAGAAAGGUAAAGAAAAACGUAUGCGCAUGCGUUGAAAAAUCGUUUGCCCCAAGAAAGGUGAACCAUAAAGGAAGCGUUGAAUUGUUGUUGAUAUAUAAACUAAUUUCAGUAGUUCGAGUAGCCUCGAAUUGAACCUAAGACCAAAUUAGUCUGGAUUGCCUGACUCAAAGUCAACCGAGAAGUGAAAGUUACACGUCAUAGUAGUGCUCUUCUUCGACGGAUCUGGAUUUGAUCUGUCUCUUAAUUGUUUUGUUUCAGUUUGUUUUCUCUGUUGACUUUUUUCAAAGGUGGCAGCUGUCUCCGGUGACGCUCGCCGCUGCUUAGACAUCUGCCGCAGGGCAGUGGAGAUCGCAGACUCACAGUCUAAGAAGAAGGGAACAGCACUGGUGGGGAUGAGUCACGUGGACGCUGCGUUGCAAGACAUGUUUUCAUCGCCAAAGAUACGAGCCAUGAAGUAAGGGGCUGGUUAAAUUUGAGUGGGAGAUGGGUGAUUCCUCGUAAGAGAUGUAAUUGAAAUGUUCCGAUCUACCGGAAUGAAGUGGAAGUUACCAAGCACAGAAAUAAUUUAAAAACCUUUAUAAUGUCUCAGUGUUUUUAUUCAGUCAUUUUAUUUCGUUAAAUCUUGGGGCUGAGAGGUAGCUUUUGCCUUUUUAAAUGUUUUUGGUUAAAUACCUUAAAGGUAGGGAUCCUGCCAAUGUAUUUCGAAAGGAUUGCUUCAAACGUUGUUGAUAUUGUAUGACAGUUUUUAACAUUUGUCUUUAUUCCAGAUGCUUGACACAAAUGGAGGGUCUGUUUCUGAAGUCGGUUAUUGCCGAGUUUCGUAGCUCAGGACUGGAAGAGGCGACAUUUGGAGAUGUAAGUGCAAUUUUUUAAGCUGGCAGUUAUUUCGCAUGGCGUGCUCGAUGUGUCUUUUGAGUUUUUUUUAUCCCUGUUAUUUGCGCUCGCUUACGAGGCAGUAAGACGGUUGCUUUUAUCUUAAGAUAUCCACGGGUGAUGCCAAAAUUAAAUUAGAGAUAGAUGAAGAUUUGGAAAGCCUUUAGUAUGGUCCAUCAAAAAGCACUGAGUUAACCGCACCAAACUCGUGACCAUGACUUAUUUAAGGUAUAAUUUAUUCGCACUGAACCCUUAAUCAAGAGAUGAGCCUUCAACAGGACCCUUUCGGGGUCACUGCUUGAUUUCCUUAUGCACGAAUCUUUUCUCUCACAGUGCUUCUCUCCGACCAAGAAAUUAAAGUGAGCACAGGGGAUCUCUUUAAGAAAUCAAUGAAAAUACUUGGGAUAGCCUGAGGGGGUAACCCGUAGCUUAAAGCCGAGGGGUAACCCCAGAGGCUAGUCCAAGGGUAACUAACACCCGGUGCCCAUGGUGGGUAAGCAUUUUUGGAGUUAGGCCACGAUAGUGGAGGUACACUCCAUGGAUUUUUACACAAGUCGUAUAAGUGAGAGUUUCCAAACAUGGAUCGUUAAACACGUUUGCUGAUAAAAUUUUGUAUCUUGCUCAUUUAAGGUUUUCCAGCAACUCCUCGAUUUUUGUCGCAUUGAGGGUAAGUCACUUUUUCAUCCAUAUUGCUGCGACAAGGCAACCAAUCAGGAAGAAUACAAAAAUCAUGUGACUCUACCCCCUUGAGUUUAACCGUACUUUGACACUUACGGUUUCUUUGGAGCUUAAUGUUAUUGUUGUUGUGGAGAGCGAUGGCCUUUUCCCGUCUCCUAGAUGUACGUUGCGAUCUAAACCUUACCUGUCAAUAACUCUCCUCGUUGAUCUUCUCCCACCAGGUCUUUCCACACUUACGCCAUCUCAAGCCGUGGGAGUUUGCUGUCGAUUAGGGGCUUGGAAACUACUUUUAGUGGAGUCUGGCCGUCGUGAUCUGGAACAGAGAAUACGUUUGAAUGUCAAUCAAGAUGACGUAUUGUAUGCUCUUCAAAGUAAGCCCAGGUGACAAGACACGUGACCAUAUUUCGAAUGGCUUACAAGCCGCUGUUCAGAUCAUAUCGACUCUUGAAAUAAGUUUAUUUGAAAUGCUUCUUUAAGUGAUUUGAAUUAAUGUGAUGUGGAGAAACUCUUUCGUUGCUGUAUUGAUUACGAAGGGAUCAAGGAAAACCUAGCUGUUUGAAAAUAGGCGUUUCAUUUUCCAGAUUUCAUACUGUAUAUUUUUGUAUUUUUGGGCAAUUAUUUUUUUUUAUAAUUUCUCUU